AUGACGGCUAUUCUCCUUCCAGUCGAGCUCAUCGAACAGAUUGUGGGCCACCUUGAAUAUGCAAGUGAUAUCAAUGCCCUCGCUCAGACUGAUGGAACCUUCUACCGCGUCGUGAAUCCCAUGCUGUAUCGACAUAAUGUACAACAUAACAACGGCUCUGCGUUAUCAUGGGGAAUUAAGCACAGAUGCCUCGCAACUGUGCAGAAGUCUCUGAAGGCCGGUGCGUCGGUGAAUGAGUGUGAUCCAGAUACUCUCUGGCGACCCAUGCCGUUGGCGGUUUUAGAGGGCGAUGAAGCCAUUGUCCGGUAUCUGUAUGAGCAGGGAGGAGUCGACAUCCGUCACACCCGUGGCUGGCUCAAUCCGCGCCAUGAGGACUAUGACAGGGGCCCUGGAAGCCUGCUGUUGCUGGCCGCCGUACGGGGUCAUGAAGCCCUGGUCCGCUUCUUCAUGGAUCACCUGCCGCGGCCGUUUCAUGUCGAUUACCCUGCCGAUUCGGACGGACGAACACCCCUUAUAGAGGCUGCCGAAGAAGGCCAUCUAGCCAUUGUGCAGCUAUUGGUCGACGCUGGAGCAGACAUCCACGCCCGAGAUCACCAACAAAUGACUCCCCUCAUGCUUUCUGCGCGCGGGGGCCACCUUGAGGUCAUGCAGUUCCUGCUCCAACGGGGAGCCGAUCCCACCAUCCCCACGGUACCGGACGGAUGCUCCGCCUUGUGCUGUGCAGCGCGUCUGGGUCACUUCGAGUGUGUCCGGUGUCUGCUCGAUGCGGGCGUGAUGGAUCAGUUAAACCGCUGCCAAGGCUCAGAAUUGCCAUCGUCCCAUAAUGCUGCGAUGUGUCCCCUCACGUCAAGCGCACAAUGGAAAUGCGACAACGUAGUUGAUAUCCUCUUUGAACGAUGGGAUUACCUGACUAGCACCGUUGAGCCCGCAGACAAGGCUGCGCUGCUGUGCGUAGCCGCGGCGCGCGGGAAUACGGCUCUGGUUCGGCAGCUACUUGAGUGCCAUGGGUACGACCCAAAUGCUCGAUAUGGUCAAUCGUUCAUCCUGGAUGAUCUCCCGACUGCCAUUUGCUGGGCUGUAGUCCGAGGUCACGCCGAGGUCGUCCAGGUGCUCCUCGCUCACGGUGCCGAGGCAUCUCCAUCGCCGGGACGGAUGCGUAUGCGGAAGCCCUUAAUUGAGGCCAUUAUCCAGGGCUCGGAAGCCAUGGUCUCCAUGUUACUUAGCGCCGGGGCAGACCCCAAUGAUCAGGAUGCGCAGGACGGUUAUGCGGCAUUAAGGCAUGCCAUCCCAUUCGAGGGCAUAUUCCGUCGCUUGCUCGCCGCGGGGGCUGAUCCUACCGCCAUAAAUCGCCCGGGUGAUACACUACCCGCCAUCGUUCUGGCGUCAGGUCGUACAGCAAUAGUCCAGAUGCUGAUCGAUCAGGGACUCGAUCUGUCGCGCCAUAUGAGUCGGGCCAAUCUCCUUCACCAAGCCAUUCGCGGGGGGCCGGCGGUUCUCGAUCUGCUCGUCCGGACGGGGAAAUGGAAUAACUACAUCUUCCCAGAGCACUUGGACAAAACCGCGUGCGAGCAGGCUCUCGGUAUCGCGGCCUCUACGGGAAAGAUUGAGACACUUCAGUGGCUGCUGGACCGAGGCUUUCCGGUAGCCCAGUCGUCGCCCACUGUCAACUUGCUCGCUGAAGCAGCCUGUACAGCUGCAUCAGAUGCAGAUGCCGCCAAAACAAUCGAUCUCUUGCUUCAACACGGCCUGGACAUAAACGAGCUCAUUAACGAACCCAUUGGCUACGAGACGCCACUGUCACACGUGGCCAUUCAUUACAAUAGGCAUAUGGAUAGCCACACCGGCCGCGUCCGUAUGCGCAUGCUGCUCAAUCGUGGCGCCCAUCUCCUGCCACCGCGCAGCCUUUCCCAGCGGUACAAUCCUUAUACAUCCACUAGGGUCGUCUGCUUUGGUAGAAGCUCUGAUCUCGAUGAGAUGAUUUGUCAGGAGAUGGAGGCCCGGCGUGAGCCGUGGAGAGCGGUCGAAUGGCUCUUCCAGUGCGCUGAGCUCUGUGCGCGUGAACGCUGGGAUUGGAAGGGCGUUAGGAUGUUAAGACAGUAUUCGUGGAGGGUGCGGUAUCCUGUACCUAAAUAA